GGUUAACGCCGAGUCGGCGUCUUGUUUUAUUAGGGAUAUGUUCUGUGCAGGUCGUGUGGCUGAAGAAGAUCUCAAGAGAACUAUGAAAGCAUGUGGUGGUUCUAUUCAAACAUCAGCCAAUAGUUUGACACCUGACGUCUUGGGAACCUGCGAGCUGUUUGAGGAAGUACAGGUUGGAGGGGAAAGGUAGGAUUCUUGUUGCUAGAAUUAUAAGAACAAACGCGUUUCAUUGCACGUUCAGCAAAAUGGUAAUUUUCAAUAUAAAUUGUAAUACACUUCCCCCAUUUACUGUAAUUACAGCUCCAACGCUAAGCAUGCAGUCACCGCGAAGGCCAUUAGGAGGCAAUAUUUUUCAAUUUCGCGUAUUUGUAGUGAAAAGUGUUCAAAGAUUACAUUGUUUUAACUCGACGUCGCCAUCGGGAUUGUACUAAUCGGAUAGCAGUUGAAAGGCUAUAGGCCUUUUCGUCUUCGGCGAUCUUUAAUUUUGUAUGGUGGUCGGUCAGGAUGAGUCCAAGGUUAUUCAUUCUCUCAGUUAAAUCGGUAUUUUCACAUUUCAAACGCUUAUUUUCAUUUUUUCACAUUUCAGUUUUUAAUCUUCAAAUUUGCAUUGUAAAGGUAUAGUUGCAAUCAGGGUGCGAUAAUUCAAGAUUUUUAGUCGUACCUGACUGGUACGCCAAUGGCUGUCGCCGCGCGCUAGUACAAGCUCGGUACCCAAUGUGUACUUAGUCAUUAAAAUAAGGUUCAUAAAGUACAGAUUUCUGAAAAGUAUGUUAAGACUAUGAGGUAGAAAAAGAAGCACAAUUGCAUAUACAAACAAUCGAUUCCAACAUUUCUUAGUGCCAUCAGUCCAAUCAUGUUUCAUGCAAAGACAUCUCAAACACAUGAUAUACCAACUAAAUUACGGUAUUGAAUACCUUGGGUUUGAAAAAGUCAUGUGGUACCAGCAAAAAGUAAGUACGCAGAUAGCUAGAGUUGUACGUUGCUGAAAACAAAGAAGUACCAGAUCGUAAAUUUGGCGUACCUCCGGUACGUAAGUACGCGAAUUAUCGCACCCUGGGCAGUCUAAUGUCGUGAAUGGCAUUCUGAAGGAAUAGGGGUGCUUAUAGUUUGAGUAUAGUUCAUUAAGAUAUCAUUAAUAAUUCAUAAACCUGGUGGCAAAUCAUGUCAGCCAUAACAUGUCACGUGGAGUAACUUUAUAUCUGAUAAAACUCAUCCUAAUUAAUAUGAUUAUAUAAUGGUUCAUCCCAAUUAGUAUUCUUUUGUAGUCGUAUUUUAAGCCAUUUAAAGCACUUGUAGUCGUGUUUUAUCAGAUAUAAAACGCUCGGCUGUGCGCCUCGCGUUUUAUAUCUGAUAAAACACUCCUACGCGUGCUUUUAAUAGUACUUCAGCGAAGAUUGAUUUUCGUCUUUGUUGUCGUUUUGAUCAUCGUCCUUACUGUCGUCCUGUCAUUCGUCUUGGGCCAACUCCAUAUUUCCUUUGGCUUUAUUUUGUUGUUCGUCGUCGUUCGCCGUUUCAGGCUCUACAAUUUCUAAACUCGACAGAAGUCGAUUGACCAAGACUUGUUUUAUACCUUUCGUAUCAAGGUGUCUUUUUGUUAGUUCAGCUUGAAGCUCUGAAACUUUCAUUUUAUUAAUCAUCAACAUCGUUGGAUUAUCGCUCAUGAAAUACAGUAUAUAGGUAGCUAAGUCGCAAUUUUUGUGAGUUGACUUUGUGACUUGCCUUGGACUCGAACAAAAUGACUGGUGACUUGACUUGGACUUGCAAAAUAAGACCUGUUAACAACCCUGUAAUAUUGUUGAGGUAUAUUGAUUUGCUAUUAUAUCAAAUAUUAAAAUUUUGCAUGCAAGCGAAAUAGUUGCAAUGCAGUGUAUUGUACUGUACAACUUUUCCCUUUUUUGAGUGCUAUAAAAUAAUAAUUAUAUCCGAUUAUGUCCAACCAAAACAUGGGUUGGUCUGACAUUUGUCAGACAACUUGAAUGAACGUUCUUGCAAUAUUUUAUUCAUAUCACAUUGAGUCUUUUACACUGCUGUCAAACUAUAUAAGUUGCUGUUACCAUUAGCUGAGUGCAAAUUCCUCUAGAAUUUUUUCGCAGUUGCUGGCCAGCACCCCGAAAUAUUAGCUGUUAUUUUCAACUUUGGAAUUCGGUGGCGAUUUUUAUACGGAAGGAACUAAGGAAUUUUAUUUCUACGCAGAUAUAACAUGUUCAAAGGUUGCCCCCAGGCACGAACAUGUACGAUCAUUAUGCGAGGUGGUGCCGAACAGUUUAUGGACGAGACGGAACGAUCUCUUCACGACGCGAUCAUGAUCGUACGACGAGCGAUCAAAAACGAUGCCGUGGUCGCAGGUGGUGGCGCGAUUGAGCUGGAGUUAAGUAAAUUCCUGAGGGAAUAUUCCCGUGGCAUAGCUGGCAAAGAACAGCUGUUGAUAGCUGCCAUGGCUAAAGCGUUAGAAGUGAUACCACGACAGCUUUGUGAUAAUGCUGGAUUUGAUGCGACGAAUAUAUUGAAUAAACUGCGUCAGAAACAUGCUCAAGGUAAGAGUUGUCGAAGCAAACUAAUGUGUGAUAAGAUAAAGUAUCAGUGGGGUAGAUGUAUGUAAGAAACUCUUUAAAAUUGAGGGAGGUGGGAGGUCAAAACGAAAGAGGUUUUUGACAGUCCCGUUGGCAAGCACAGAAAACAGGAGUUGCGAAGUUUGGAACGGUGCGUGGGGGAAAUUUUGAAAUCUGGAGUCCCUGUAAACCAUAUCCUGCAUUUUGAUGCGUCUGAUUUGUCCCGAGAACGUCUGAUUUGUCCCGAGAACGAUCUAGAUAUAAGGUGCAAAUUUGCAAUUGCUCCCUAAUUUUACGUUUGCUGGAAUUACUUAAGAUUGAAAGUUUUUUGGGCGCGUACUGGUGCGAAACGCUACCUACUGUACUCUCCUGUAAAAUAUCAUAUCCAUCCAUCGCUAGCUCUAGUAUACUCUAUCAAAAGUUUAUUUGUUAAGAGGAAUUGUGUUGUAAUUUUGUCUAUCGAUGAAAUAUUUCAUACCGUGUUCCUGUUUCUCACACCUACAUGCAUGGAGCUAUACUUUUAUCAGAGGAAGUUUAGAAGUGUUUACAUGUAUUUACUUAUUGCAUGAUUUUGGCGAGAGUUUAUCAGAGGGUUAAAGUUCGGAUACCAAUACGAAAACCAAUACAUUUUCUGAAGGCAAUGAUACCUCGUUCAUACGUAAGAACGGACAGUCGUAUUCCCACGUGAAACAUAGUUUGUCAAGGUUUGACAGGUUUCGUCCAGCGAAUCACGUGGAACCAGCUUCACACUGAUUGGCUGAUUACGUUGAAAUCCUGAAAUGCUCGUACAAACAUUAAAGUUUCACUUGGGAGUAAAACUAUUAAAGUUUCACUUGAGAGUAAAGCUGUUCAUCCUUGGAUGCAAACAACGAAAUCAUGCAUGUAUAGUUACUACAGGUAUAUAGUACUUUAUAUCAAGAAUUAUAAGAUACCAUAAAUUACUCACCAGCUUAUUCAGCUUCCCAAAUCGACCCAAUUCACCAAGUGACUUUGGAACUCAAAACACACUUCGUAACACACAAUCUAUGUUAGUAUCAUUUAAAUGAAUAUAACGGUUAGCAUUGGUAUUCGAGUGGAGGUCAGCCUCAUGGUCCCUUUUAACUUUGGAUUGUGAUAUCGCACUAAUCUGAAAUAUUAUUCACUCUUUUUUUUUGCCUGAAAGGUGGUAUGUGGUAUGGUGUUGACGUCACACACGAAGAUAUUGCUGAUAACUACGAAGCUUGUGUAUGGGAGCCUGCGAUCGUACGAAUAAACGCCUUGACAGCGGCAACAGAGGCAGCAUGCCUUAUUCUUUCUAUCGACGAAACCGUUAAAAACCCCAAGGCCAACCGAGAGGAUCCUUCGGCAUUGCCCGGGCAGGGAAAGAGACGUUAAGCAGGGAAAGAGAUGUCGUGUUAAAAGUGGUUGAUUUCGAUCAAGCUUCGCAUGUCAUGGCAUGAAACAUAGUUAAUAGAAAAUAAACAUGCUUUGGAGAGUACAGUGUCCAUAUAUUUCUGACAUGACUAAAGACUGAUGUGCAUACAGAGUACACGUGCAAACGAACAGAUUAUUUCACAUCGUCGACAGUUUAUUGCCAUCAGUGUUCCAGACAUUGAAUAACCAUGCUCGAGCGUAAUGCUUAAAUAUUAAUUGACCUAUACGACCAAUUAUUUGUGGAAUGUGGACCUCCAUACCGUGUUCAAAAUGGGUUGCAGUUCCGUUGUGAAAACCAUUGAAGUUCACCGGCCUUCCUAACCAUAUUUAUUUUCUAUUAACUAUUCCUAAAGCAUGCUACCAUUGCCCAAGAGUUGCUACAAACGUUCCUCCUUGUUUUUGCCAUAAGAGUGAUAUACGGAUUGAAAGAUUUAUGUAAUGCUUUAAAGAUCGAAUACUAAUAAAAAAAUAUGACUAA